AUGCCUUCCGAAGCUGGCCACAGAUUAUACGUGAAGGGUCGCCACCUGAGCUACCAGCGUAGUCGGCGCACCGUUCACUCGAAGACCAGCCUGGUCAAGAUCGAGGGCGUUGAUGACCAGUCUGCUGCCAACUUCUACCUUGGCAAGAAGGUCGCCUAUGUCUACAAGGCUCAGACUGAGAAGCGGGGGACCAAGUUCCGGGUCAUCUGGGGCAAAGUGACCAGGCCACAUGGCAACUCCGGUGUCGUUCGUGCCAAGUUUGUCACCCCCCUUCCGGCACGGUCUUUCGGUGCUUCGGUCCGCAUCAUGCUCUACCCCUCGUCGAUAUAA